CACACUGAGUAACAGCCAUCACAAGUGUGUGGGUGGGUCAUACAAAGGAGGAAUAGGGAGGAAUGUGAUGAUUCUGCAAUAUGUGCUUGGUUAUAAGAAGGAAGUGAGAGAAUCUCAUUCGACUUACAGGGCUCACUUGAACAAGGAAUUUGUCACUACUGAGAUGUGAAAUUUGCCUGGAACAUCUGUACACUUACAUGAAAAAAGGCUGUCAUUAUGGGGGAGUGGUCAUUCUUGUCUAGUCUGUUGGACAAAGUGCAAUCGCACUCAACUGUGGUGGGCAAGGUCUGGCUGACCGUUCUCUUUCUCUUCCGGGUCUUCAUUCUGGCUGCCGGAAUAGAUAAAAUAUGGGGAGAUGAACAAUCGAACAUGUACUGUAACACCCACUCCCCUGGAUGCAAAACCACUUGCUACGACAAAUCCUUCCCUUUGUCCCACACACGCUUCUGGGUCCUCCAGAUACUCAUUGUCUCCACACCAACCCUCAUCUAUCUGGGCCACGUCUUGCUGGUGAUCCGCAAAGAAAACAAACGGAGAAGACGCUUGGAGCAGAAGCCUGGUAAAAGUCUAUGGUAUUCAGACGAGCGUGGCAAAGUGGAGCUUAAGGGUCCCUUGCUUGCCAGCUACAUUAUUCAGUUGGCGGUCAAGGUUAUGCUUGAGGUGGCAUUUAUUGUAGGACAGUACUACAUCUAUGGCUACAUAAUUAUGCCUUCAAAAAUUGUAUGUUCCGAAUAUCCCUGUACGCCAGCAGUUCACUGCUUCAUUAGUCGUCCCAAAGAGAAAAGCAUCUUUAUUGUCUUUAUGUUGGCUAUGUCGGUCCUAUCUGUGCUCCUCAACAUUGUAGAGUUCUUCCACCUAAUGGUCUCAAAGAUCAAGGAAAGCAAAAGAAAGAGAAGCACCUCAAACCCCCCAGAGGUCUAUCAAAUGAAACCAUGUGAGAGGGCUACAUUUUGUUGAAGAACUGUAAACUGCUUAAGAUUGCUGAUUGUGAGAGUUCUGCAUUUCGUUACCCACUCUAUUUACACAACUUACUGUAUUUCACUUAUCUGUUAGCACUGUCUGUCAAAUUGUGUACAAGUGGUUAACUUGAAAAUGGGACACUUUAAGAAAAAGUUUAUAGUUAAGUAGUCUACCUCUUUAAGCCUGUGUAUUGUUAACAAUGAAAUCAGUUAUAUCACUAAAGCUGUGUAAAAUGUACUGUUGUUUGUUUAUGUAUAGCUUUAUACCAUGAGCUUUGAAAUAACAAUGGGUUACUCCAGGUGCUGAUCAUUCAAAUUAAAAAUUCUGGGUAAACUAAAAUUAGAAUAAACUGUCCCACUCUUCACAGUCACCAGAUGAAUAUCACUGCCAUUGGCAUUAAAUACUAAUUGUAAAUCAUUUAAAUAAAUCAUCAGCCUAAAAUACUCUCA